AUGGAGGCUAUCCAGGAACAGGUUGUCGUGUCGUCGCCUCAGGCGGGCCAGCGAGGCUAUGGCAGCAAAAAGAGAAGAGACGUGCCCAAGCAGAAACAUGAGGCCUUGGGCGGGCUCCGCACCUCUUGCCGCGUGAUUGGACAGGGCCCCGGAGCCUGUCAGAAGCCCCUCCUCCAAUCCGGCUCUGGGCUUCCAAGACAUUCCAUUCGACAAAACGUCCGCCGACCCAACCAGGUGACGACGUGCGGCCCCAGUGAAACCCGCGUGGUGGACGAGCAGCCAAGCUACGCUCUCCUGACUGGACCGCUCAGCUUGGACCUGACACGAGUCGAGCCACUAGAGCUAGAGAGAACGAACGAGGAGUACUUGGUACGAGGGAGAGGAAGAGUACCGUCACUCCUCCACAAUAAGCUUCCCGUCGAGUCUAUCGCUAGCUUGCUAGUCCGCUAUAAGCAAAAUGGUACUUGCGACUUCUGUAUCGCCGCUACUGAGAGCAGUGUGCAUACAGUAGCAACCGCAAACUACGCGGCGCAGAAGGAUGAACUACGGAGCCCAUCAGGAUCCAGAGAUGGACCGUUGGCGGGUAGCUUGUAA